CAUCAAAUACCUACACGAUUGACAAACGACAAGAUCAAGAGCUAAAUGACAGCGUUGAUUAGUGACAUAAAUAUUUUGUGAUAACGUGCGCUAGCUUAGCCAGGGAACGAGACCCUUCUGACGGAAGGCCGCGGGGACAGACGUGGCGACGACAGACAUGCACGUAGCGGAGUCUAAAGGAGCAGGCAGGUUGGCCGGGCGGCUGCAGCAUCGCUAGCUGAUGAUGGGCGGGCGAGGCGCCGUGCGGUCGAGCGCUAGGCUGAGCGCCGAGGCGGCGGCGGCGCCGGCACCGAGCGCCGUGACGACAGGCGAGCGCGGACGGCCCGCAGCGAACGCGGCGGCGGCAGCGGCCGCGGCGGCCCGCAGGGCACGCGCUGUCGAGCGGUCGCGCGAGGUUGAGGACAGUCCUCGCGUGCUGCGAGAGAAGUGCCGGCGGCUCGCGCGAGCGCUACGCAAUGCUAAACAUCUCGUGGUGUAUACCGGAGCUGGUAUCAGUACUGCAGCCGACAUACCAGACUACCGCGGCCCUCAUGGCGUGUGGACGCGGCUGCAGCGCGGGGAGAGUGUCAGGCGGGUGGACGUGUCGCGCGCGGUGCCCACGUUCACGCACAUGGCGCUGACGGCGCUGUGGGCGCGCGGGGCGCUGAAGUUCGUCGUGUCGCAGAACUGCGACGGACUGCACGUGCGCGCCGGCAUGCCGCGCCGCGCCCUCGCCGAGCUGCACGGAGACAUGUUCGCCGAGCUGUGCGCCCCCUGCCGCCGCCUCUACCUGCGCGCCUUCGACACCACCGAGCGCACGGCGCGCCACCGCCACGGCACGCGCCGCCUCUGCCACGCGUGCGGCACCGAGCUGCGCGACUCCAUCGUGCACUUCGGCGAGCGGGGCCGCGCGGCCUGGCCGCUCAACUGGGCCGGCGCGUUGAGGCACGCGGCCCGCGCGGAUGUCGUGUUGUGCCUCGGCUCCAGUCUCAAGGUGCUGCGACGAUAUCCGCGGCUGUGGCGCAUGCGAAGUGCACCGUCCGCGCGUCCCGCACUUUACAUCGUGAACCUGCAGUGGACGCCCAAAGACGCUGUGGCCGCACUGAAGAUCAACGCGCGGUGCGACGCGGUGAUGCGGCAGGUGGCGCGACGGCUGAAGUUGCGCGUGCCUCGCUACAGACCCGCGCGCGACCCGUUACUAGCACACGCCACGCCGCUGGCGCCUCCCGAGGCACACACUACGCGCCGCCCCACUCUGCGCGUACCGCCCGAAGACUGCUCCGAUGGCGGCGACUCUUCCGAACCGUCGGAACCUUCAUCGCCGUCCGCUUCUGAUUCGGACGAGGAGCUGCCACUUCGCUGUCUCGCCGACCGGAUGAGAGGCUCGCCAGACACGCCACGCUUGCGAGCCUUCCGGGUGAAUCUGGUUUCCGGCGAAGCGACGAUAUUGCUGCGUGCCGAAGAUGCGCCUUCGCCGCCCAUCUCCCCACCCCCGGCUAGCGCCGCCGCUCGCUCUUCGACGGCAGAGUUACGUCGAUUCCGGAUCAGACGUCGACCUCCAGACCCACCGCCGGUGGACGCGCUCACCAACGGUCAUACACCGUUCGCACACAUCCGUUUCCCUCGUGAUGAUAACACCUCGCAAUUCAAUGGUUGCAAUUCACCACAACCUUGUGAACGCAACUGCAAUUUACGACUUAACGGUUUCGAGCCCAAAUUCGGUGACGUCAAGAAAGAGGAGGAGCCCAGCGACGCGCCAAACGGCACGCUCGGCUCGAGACUACGACGAUUGCUUGAAUGCGAGUCGGAGUUGAAGAAAGAAGACGAACUGAAGCACGAGCCACCCACCGAAGUGAAACUUGAACCGAAGCCAGAGCGUGAGACGAGCGUGGAAGAGGGUGCGGGCUCACUGGCUGCGGCCAUCAUCGCCCGGGCAGUGCUGCUGUGCCGCGCGUCGCUGUACCCGGGGCUGCACACGAUCAUCACGCCGCCGUCGCCGGCCGCGGCGGGCGGCACGGCCGGGGCGGGCGGCGCGGCGGCGGCCGAGUGUGCGUGGUGUUCGCGGCACUACUCGUCGCGGCGCUGCCUGUGGUACGGGCCGGCGCGCGACACGCCGCUGGUGGCGCGGGCGUGGCGGCGCGUGCGCGGGCGCCGGUACUUGUGCGCGUGCUGCGGCGCCGGCGCGGGGGAGGGCGAGCCGGCGCGCGGGCCCGACGAAGGCGGCUGGUACGGCAAGGGGUACCGCAAGGGCCGCCGCCGCCGCCGGUAGCGUUCGCGUUCAGCGCCGGCCGCCGCUCCAGCCGCCGCUCCAGUCGCCGCUCCAGCCGCCGCUCCAGCCGCCGCCGAGACGCUCUGAUCGCUAUACUGUUCUGUGAUUGCGAUGCUUUAUUGUGGACUCGAGCACUUAAUAUAGUAACUUGUGACUUGAACGUCGUGCGACCGUCGAACAAACGUGCCAGUAUACUGCUAUGUAUGUGUGAGUGCUGCCUGCAAACGGUUUUUGAAUAUUUCUAAUGGUUGUGACGCAAGUGCUUAAGUACAAAACUGACUGCAGCCUCCUUUGUGUAAAGAUCUCUUAUGCCUUCCUGGUCAGUAAGUAACUUCAAGGGCUGUCAUGCCUGGGCCUAUCAGUCAUGGGAACUACCGACGAUUAUGAAUGAGCUCAAAGAUAGUCACAAUACGAGUUACAUACUCCCAAAGUGGUGAGGGUAUAUACAAUUAUAAAAAUUGAACAAAGACUGCUCUGAAGAACGCAGAAGUCUGAAACACAGACCCAUCUGUCUGUACUCAAGCUCCAAAGCGUUUCGUUUGCGACACAAACGGUUUUAUAAACUUUCUUAUUAGAUGUUGAAAUUAGGUGUGCCUGCCGGAUCUUACGAGUGAGAUUAUAGCCCGCCUGUGUAUAGAUGAACUGGAGUGUCGCGUGUGGAUUAGUGUGAAGUGAGUGUGGACGUCCUUACUCGAAACCUCAAUUCUGUAUGUAAAUCUAUGUGGUAACAUCAAUUGCUAGAUGGUCAGUUAGCCUGAUCAGUGACGACAUUUAGCCCAAGAUUGGAUACUGGUCACUAAAAAAAGAUUUAUUUUUUCCUUCUAAUGAGACACAUUCUGGGUUCAGCCAGCAUAGACCGUAAUCAAUAAAGGGCCCAUUCGCUAUCUUCAUAUCGCUCCCGAGAAACCAAUUAAAACAACUGAUUUGUAAGCAUGUCUAACAAACUUUAUUUUAAUUGGUCGAUUUUGAAGAUGGAUCCGAAGAUAGCGAUUGAGACUAUCGCCCGUAACUUAACAGUAGCUUGUCACUUACUAUUUAAUAAAUAGACAGCUGACAGGCAAAAAAUUUUGAAAAAAAAUAUGAUUUAUUUUAUAUAAUAGUUGAUAAGAUUUCAUUCUAAUUAUAAUCAAUGACAAUACAGAAUAUGAAGUUAUUAUAACUGAUAUUAGACAUGAUUUAUUUGGAUGACUUAAAGGACGGUAAAUUAACUGAUCAUGUAAUGCAACAUAUUACUUGACAUUUAAAUCAGAUAUACAAUUAGAAACAAAUGAACUAUGAUAUAUAACUUCAUUAUGAAUUAUAUCACAUUGCCAUAUGUACCUGACGUUCAGUGAGACAGUGCCUUGGCUGAGCUAAGUUUGCCUAAGAUGAUAGACCCGUAUGCGUUUGGAAAAAUAUGCAGAAUUGAGGUCUAUUUCUAAUUGCAUUUCUUAUGGGACGGCAUGCAGUGUGAAAGUGUUGAGCAGACGCGACCGCAACAUUGUGAUUGCAUUAUUUAUAAUUAAAUAAAUUUGAUGACGAAAUUAG